AAGAAAAUACCCGUGCAACCCAAGUUGCUCCACCCUCAAAUCACAUGUAAGGGAGGUUUGGGGAACACGCCACGACUGGCGUGAGCGUCAACGCGGCGGGUCGGAUGGACGUAAGAGCUGCAUCCAGACUUGCUGUAGGCUGAGCGGCACCAUGGGCGAGUGGGACUACGACUAUCUCAUCAAGCUGCUGGCACUUGGCGACUCGGGCGUAGGCAAGACCACUUUCCUGUACAGGUACACCGACAACAAGUUCAACCGCAAAUUCGCCACCACGGUGGGCAUCGACUUUCGGGAAAAACGGCUGAUGUACACUGGGACCAAUUCCGAUGGGGCAACAGAGAAGAACUUCAGAGUCCACCUUCAACUAUGGGACACGGCCGGACAAGAAAGGUUUCGCAGCCUCACGACGGCCUUCUUCCGAGAUGCCAUGGGCUUCCUGCUCAUGUUUGACUUGACCAAUCAACAAAGCUUCCUCAAUGUCAGGAACUGGAUGAGUCAACUCCAGGCUAACGCAUACUGCGACAGUCCCGACGUGGUCCUGGUGGGCACCAAAGCCGACCUCCGGAGCAUCCGAGACGUGAACGCCAGGGAGGCACGAGAUCUGGCCGACAGAUAUGGCAUCCCUUAUUUUGAGACGAGCGCUGUGACGGGCAUGGGUGUGGACAAAGCGGUACAGACCUUGCUGGACAUGGUGAUGAAGAGGAUGGAGCAGAGCACACCUUUGGCCGAGCACAACGGCGGCGGUAGCGCGAUAGGGGCCACGCAGGAGGUCUCCCUCUGGAGGAGGUGUGCGUGCUGACAUCACACAUGACGUCACAGGACACUUCAUGAGGUACAUUGAGUCCAAUCAGAGAAAAUACAAGAGCUGUGUCAGGAAUCAUUCUUAUUGUAUUGGAGCUCAUUGGAUGGUGCGGGUGUACCUAAUGAAGUCAGUCCAUUUUUUACAGUAAAGUUUAAAUAAUAAUAAUUUAAAAAAAAAAAGAAUGAGCAGUCAAUAUCAAGAAAAAACAAAUCCUGGCUUAUUGGUAGAUGGCAAAUAGGUGAAAUGAUUAGAAUGAAACUAGCACAUUUUCAACACUCGUAAAUUCUUUAGAAUAUUUUACAUCAUCUUUGAAAAGAGAAAACUCAUUGUUUGGUUCAUUUGGAAGAAAGAAUGGACAUCUUUUUAUUGUACAUAAAUAUGGGGAGGCAUUGAUAACAUGAAUCUGCAGGCGCAUAUUCAUCAUAGAGCAUAAUAAGACAUUUAAUUAUACAGACGUUUUGGUCAAAACAACCUUAGCAGACAUUGAUGACUUUGUAUAUAUGUCAUAUGCGUGGAGGACGUAGCAGCCAAUCAGGGGAGUGUCUUGCCUGGAUCUCCAGUGGGAUUCAUAAGCCUCUGCAUCAUCAAGUUAGCCAUGCAAACAGAGCAAAAAGUACAAGAAAUAAACUGUCUAUAAAGUUGUUUCCGCGUUACUUAUCUACAGACAUGUGGCAAAUUGAUCGCAUGGACUUAUGAGAUGUAUUCACGUCAGAUUUCUCGCUAUUUCCCAUUUCCUCACCUUUUUCAUAAUUGAUUAUAUAACACACAAAAGUCUUGUUUCCUGGAUUACAAUCGUCAGAGAUUGACCAAACAUUCAUAUAUCAUCUAAAAAAUGCCAAGAAUGUCUUUGAGGCAAAUUGUCAAGACUGACACUCAGAUGAGGACAGAUUUGUUUUCAAUCCCAGAAUUUAAUAAAACUGCUUAAGAGCAAAAGAAAACAGCCUUGCACUUUCACCCAUGGAAGUAACCCAUUAUUUUUUACUGACAUUUGAAUUUGGCCUUUCCGAGUUAAUCCAAGAUUAUUUCCCUCAAACGCAUUCUUUCCGGCGAACAUUCCUAGUGUGCUGACACCCAGACCUUCGAGCUGGUGCAUAGCGUCUCGUACUCGUGACAUCAAUUACGCGGAAUAACAAAGCAAACAUCAUCGGAAAAGACAAAAAACGCUUUUGUUUGGGAAAGAAUUCCAAGAAACAAUAAAAAGAAAAAUCAAUCACGACAUCCGGUCACAUGUCGCACAGUCAUGAGGCAAAUGUUCACGUGCCUUUCAUCUUUUUUAAGACCACAGAUGACUCGCUUGGGUGGUCCCAUUUCUGAUGAACUCACCCCCCCCCCCCCAAAAAUAAAAGCAGAUAUG